CGAUGCUGUACUAGGGCAAUUGCUUGUGAGGUAUGUAUAUACACCGAUAAUCGAAGCAUAUAUAUACCUCUGACUGCCCUGAGUGCCUGUUCCACCGCAUCCUCAACUAUGACUCUAUCAAUCGGCAUCCAAGCUGCGUUCGCGGUUUUCGUCACCCUCGCCUACUAUGGGCUACAUUGGCGACAGCUGCGUCGUCGUCUACCACCUGGCCCUCGUCCGUUUCCUAUUCUGGGAAAUAUUCCACAGAUGACUCUAAAGUUCCCGGAGAAGAGAUUCGCGCAAUGGAGGAAGAAGUAUGGGGACAUAAUCUUCUUGAGGAUGUUCAACACGCCCGUCUUGGUUAUCAAUUCGGCAGCCGCUGCACGAGAUCUGCUGGACAAGCGGAGUGCAAUAUACUCGGAUAGACCGUAUUCGGUAAUGAUGAUAGAUCUGCUGGGAUGGGAACACGAUUUCGUAUUGACGCCAUACAAUGAGGAGUUUCGCAAGCAUCGACGAUGGAUGCAUAAGCCUUUCUUCUCUAAGUCUUGCCUCGCCGCUGUUGCCGACAUGCAGAGGCGCGAGGCGAUUGCUUUACUAAUGGGAUUGCUGAACGAUCCGGAGGAUUUUGGAAACCAUAUCUAUCGGUACACUGCCUCCUCUUUGCUUCAAUACCUUUACGGGCACACAGUAACAUCCUCAGACGAUGAAUAUCUGCAUGUCAUCGAGAAGGUAGCGGAGGCGACAAUGAACUUCUCGGCUCCUGGAACAGUCCCUGUGGACUUCAUACCGUCUUUGAGAUACCUCCCGACCUGGUUUCCUGGUGCAGGCUUCAAGCGAAAUGCCGUGUGGAUCAAGAGAGCUGUCAGAGAUGCUGCGCAACGAACGUACGACUUGGCGGAGAGCAAGUUGGUAAGUUAUGCAUUCACGAGAUACCACGACGCUGCAUCUGGCACAGAUACGACGCACACCGUACUCAUGGUCUUCCUACUCGCUAUGAUCUUGUAUCCGGAUGUCUAUGCCAAGGCGCAAGAAGAAAUGGUCAGUGUCAUCGGUGGUGCAAGGCUCCCGACCGUCAACGACAGGGAUGCACUACCAUACCUUGAAUGCAUCCUCAAGGAGACGUACCGUUGUCAUCGAACUCAGGCUGGUUCUACAGGUGUGCCUCAUGUUUUACGCGAAGACGACGAGUAUAGUGGGUGCUGGAUACCGAAGGGGACAGUGGUCAUGCCAAAUCUAUGGUCAAAGUUUAUGCUGCAUGAUGCCGAUGCCUACCCCAACCCGGAGACCUUCUGUCCAGACCGCUUCAAUGGGCUGUAUGAGAAUCAGGAGGAUCCACGAAACAUCGUCUUUGGUUUCGGUCGGCGUAUAUGUCCAGGUCGCCGCUUCGCAGAAAUCGGGAUUUGGCAGGCGAUGGCCAACAUCGUAGCAACAUUCGACCUUGGCAAGGCUCGUGACGCAAUGGGUAAUGACAUCACGCCGCCGGGGACGUUCUCAUCUGGUCUCGUCAAUCAUCCUCACAAGUUCAAAUGCACCAUCAGACCACGAUCCAAGCAGGCCGUAGAACUCAUCACAAACGGAAAGUCAACGCAGACAUGAAUGAGGGUCGAGAUGGU